GGUCGGCACCGCGGCCCCUCUGCCCCUUGGGUCUCUGGGCUCUGUGCUGCCCAAGGGGUGCCGAGGGGCCUCUGGAAAGGGCGGGUUCGCUCGAGCCAGAAAGCCUGGAGCCGCCCAGGAAUUUUGGCAGGGGUUGCGAGCAUUUCCUCCCGGCCGGCCAGGCGUGAUCCCGGGAAGGGCGGCUUCAGGCAGACUCCGCGCUCCGUUCCGCCCGGCCGGCACCAUGUGGCCCCUGCUCUGCGCGCUGGCGGGGCUCACCCUGCUCCGCGCCGUGGGCACCUUGGCCGCUGCCGAACCCUUCAGCCCCUCCCAGGGAGACCCAGCUUGGAGCACAGGGUGUGACAGACACCUGGCUAUCCAAGGCCGUUUAGACGUCAUGGAGGAGACAGUGGAGAAGACAGUGGAGCACCUGGAGGCAGAAGUGAAAGGACUCCUGGGCCUGCUGGAGGAGCUGGCCUGGAACCUGCCCCCAGGGUCCUUCAGCCCAGCCCCUGACCUCCUUGGAGAUGAGCACUUGGGAGCAUCAGAGGCAGAGGGGCCCAGCAGCUGGAGGUGAUGCACCUGUUGGAUGACACCCCUCCGAGAAGAGUUGUUUUCUACAUUCCUCCCCUGGCUUUGUGUGAAAUAAACACUACUCCUCUGGUC